UGAAGCGGUUGUAUCUUGGUGGUGCCCCCCAACCAGCCAACCGAACGGCCAACAGAACCCCCAGUUGGUACCACAGCAGCAGCAGCCGCACCAGCAGAAUCUUCUUGUAAAAACUCUUUUGCCUUUUUACCCCCAAAAAGCAAGCCAACGAACACAGUGGAUUAUUCCCAAAUAAUUGUUAACAAUCAAAAAAGCGAAAAGUGAACAAAACACACUAACACAGAGAAUACAACAAAAUAAAGUGCGCGAAAUGUUGUGCAACGUGUAAAAAGAGCCAACACAAAGGAUCUGAUAACUGUGCAAGGACUGCAAAACGAAAACCCAAAGAUACAAACGCAAAGAUACAAACCGCCAGUGCACCGCAGUGGCUACCAGUGCACCACACACAUAGAAUCUCCGCAGAGUUCUAAAACGAAAGAUUUGCUCGUUCGUGCUGUUAAUUGAGUGAAAAAAGUUACAACCAUGACAAGAAGACGUUCGAGUCCGCUGGGACUCGAGGCGCUGGUGUCUCUGACGCUGGCCCUGCUGGCCAUAAUGCUGAUACCCACACGAGCCGCACCACUCCAGGAAUACACGGAGAUCCAGCAGUACUCGGAGGGCUGCUACUACAAUUAUGCGCACUACAAUGAGGGCGAUCGCAUCAUGACCAAUGAGCCGUGCCUCAACUGCACCUGCCACAACCGCAUGCUGAUGUGCUAUCUGCGCGUCUGCCCCUUCACCAAGCCCAUUGGCCACGAUUGCAUUGUGGAGAAGCGGGAGGAUCAAUGCUGUCCCAUCAUCACCUGUCCAGAGGUGCCCGUGGAUGUGCCCUAUCACACGCCGGAGCCCGGCACCGAGCUGAGCAUUCCCGAGAAAUUCGGCUGCAGCAUUGAGGAGAAGUUCUACCCAGAGGGCGCCCAAGUGCCAUCGAACCCCAACAGACCCUGCGAGCUGUGUUACUGCAUCAACAAUCAGACCAAGUGCGUCAUGCAGGAGUGCACGCUCCACGUGGAUGGCUGUCUGCCCAUCUACAACAAGGGCUCCUGCUGCCCCGUGCGCUACAGUUGCGACCACGAGAACGAGUUGGACUUCCUGGAAACUUCCACCACGACGACAACAACCACGGAGCGACCCACCACUGGCUUUGUACUGCCCACCACGAUGAUGCCAGCCACAGAGUCCAGCGAUUGCAUCUACAAUGGCGACAUCUAUGCGGAUGGUGCCUCAAUCCGUGGCAAGGAUGCCUGCGAGCAUUGCUACUGCAUGCGCGGACACAUGGUGUGCGCCGUCCAGGACUGCCAGAUGCCCAUGAUGGCGGCCAAUGGCACCGCCUGCCGCGCCAUGCCCGCCGCCGAGGGUGAGUGCUGUCCCAACAAUUACAUUUGCGAGGAUGACAGCGCCACCACGGAGAUUGUGGAGCUUACCACAGCCACUCCAGCCAAGGACAUUCAUGGUGAGAUUCCGAAGGAGGACGUGGAUCUGCAGGAGCACAUCGAUGACGAUCAGAAGGAGGAGGACAAGGAGACGGCCACCGAGAUUCCUACUCCGGAGGAGGGCAGCGGUGAGGUUGAGGAAGCGGAGACAACGACCACGACAGCUCCCGAGAGCUCCACUGCGGGCAUUGGUUCGGACUCUAGGAUUGAUCUGUCAGCCAGCUCGACUGAGGCAGCCACUGGAGAUUCUUCCAGCUCCACUGAAGCAGCCACUGAUGCCGCAUCCACGGAGACAGCUACCGCAGCCAGCGAUGAGGAGGAUGAGGAUGACAUCGUUAAGAUUGUGACCACGCCCGAGCCCGAGGGCAGCGGCGAGGAGGAUGUCUCGAAGCCCACGACGCCCGCUCAGCAGGACAGCACCGAGCAGGAGGAGGAGGAGGAGGAGAUCAUUAAGGUCACCUCUCCAGCGCCAGCCAAGGCCAGUCCGGAGGAAGAUAUCCUCAAGGUCAGCACCUCGGCUCCAUCCUCUACUACCGAUGAAGAGGUUACUGCUGCACCUGCCGAGGGUUCAAGCGAUGAAGAGGAAUUGGCCAAGCCCACACCUGCCGAGGAAGGCAGCGGCGAGGAGGAUCAGACCAAGGCCACACCCACCACUGAGGAGGGUAGCGGCGAGGAGGAUGAAGUCAAGCCAACGCCAGCGUCUGAGGAAGAUGCUAAGAAGGAUGACAUCAAGCCCACAGCUGCACCAGCAGAAAGCACAGAGGAAGAGGAGGCCAAACCCACGUCUGCCCCUGCAGUCAGCACUGAAGAUGAGGAGGAGAAGCCCACAGCAGCUCCAGCGGCAAGCGGCGAAGAUGAGGAAGAAGCCAAGGCCACAGCCGCUCCAGCAAUCAGCACUGAAGACGAGGACGAGGUCAAGGCCACUCCGGCACCAACAGAAACCACAGAAGAUGAGGAGAGCAGACCCACAGCUGCUCCAGCAGGCAGCUCUGAAGACGCUGAGGCAGCCAAACCCACACCCGCAGUGGUGGAGAGUGAUGAGAUUGAACCAGCCAAGCCCACGGAAUCCACGGAAGAGGCAAGCGGCGAGGGCGAAGGCGAAGGCGAAGAGGAGCUCAUCAAGGGCACCACGCCAGCGGAGGAUGAGACUGCCAAGGCCAGCACGCCCGCUCCUACGAGCGAGGGUGAAGCUGACAAGGACAUUGACUCCGCUUCGGUCACCACAAGCACUGCUGAACCCUCAAGCAGCGAAGGCGUUGAGGACAUUGCACAGCCCACAGCUACAGCUCCGGUUGAUGCCUCCUCCACAGAGGGAGAAGUUAGCAAGGCCACCACCCCAGCCGACAAAACAUCCACCGAGGAGGAGGAGAUUGCAGAACCAACGACUCCAGUCAGUGCGGAGGAGGAGCAGGAGGAGGAGACUGUCAAGGCAACCACAGCCAAGACUGAACUGAUCGAUGAUUCAACUGAAUUGACAGCCGAACAGGACGAGGAGCCAGUCACGGAGACGGAGGAAGGCGCCUCCACAGCUGCCACUCCAAUUCACGCCUCAUCCACCGAGGCAGCAGAGGCCCAGCCCGCCAGCUCCACCAGUGCAUCAGCACUUGCUGGCGAGAAGGAUGAGACAGCCACUGAGAGCGAUGAACAGGCUACCGAAGUCAGCGUGGAUGCAGCCACUGAGCGUCCUGCCGAGGAUGCCUUCAAGACCGGCCCUGUACAGCCAAUUUCCACGGAGAAACCUGUGGGCGAAUCAUCCACGGAAGCGGAGGAAGCUGACAGUGAGACAGCGACCAGCACGCCACUUGACAAGGAACAGGAGCACCCAGAGGAGACCACAGACAGGACUCAGGAACAGCCAGAGGAGACCACAGACAAGGCUCAGGACGAGCAGAAGGAGGAGGAAGAGACAAGCACCGAUGCAGUCAAGUCCGACAUCAAGCCAACCACAAGCCUGCCAGAGGAAACCCCAGAGAUCUCCACCGACAAGCCAAAGCCCGCCUAUCUGCCACCUGUCAGCGAGGAGAAGGACUCCACGGAGGGGGCCGAAGCUGCCACAGAAACACCCAUCAAGGAGGAGCCAACGAAGUCGGAGGAGUCCACUUCCACACCCCUGGCCGAAUUGGAGCCAUCCAGCAGCGUCUCACCCAGCAGCGAGGAGCAACCAACGACAGUGCCAGCUGUGGCCUCAGAGCAGCCGACAACCCUGCCACCCAGUGCCGAGGAUCAGAGCUCCUCGGAGGCAAUGCCCGCCAUGGAUCUGCCCGCUGUCAUACCCGGAGAAGGGGACUGCCUGGUGGAGGGCAAGACCUAUGCCAACAACACGAAUGUGCCAGCCACCACGCCCUGCGAUGUGUCCUGCAAGUGUGUCAGCAGUUUGGUGUCCUGCCAGCAAAUGGAGUGCAAGGAGCCCGCCAACCGCGAGAAGUGUGUGCUGUCCUCCGAUCUACUGGCCGGCUGCUGUCCCACCUACAUCUGCGAGGAGAGCGAUGAGGAGGAGACGACUGCCAAGCCCAUUGACAGAAUCGAUGAGGCUGAGGAUGAGUCGAGUGCCAGCAGCACCGAGGAAAUACCCAAGGACGUCAUUAUGCCCACGGGCAUUACCGAGCAGCCACUUUCGCAUGUCAAGCCCGAUGAGGAGGUUGAGUCUUCCACAGCCAAGCCACUGGAGGUUGAGUCUUCCACGCAGAAGGCAACCGAGAAGCCAGCUGUUGAGUCCGAUGAAGACAUGGCCAAGCCUACGACUGCCACAAGCACAACUGAGACUGAGGAGAAGGAAGAACAGAAACCUCUCGACAAGGAGCCCGAGCAGAAGCUCAAGGAUGAUGAGGAACAGGGCGCAGCCACAGAGCAACCCACCGCUGAUGAGGCCACCAAGAAGCCGUCUCAAGAGGAAGCCACAACUCCUGCCCAAAAGGAGACUGAAGAUGAAUCGGCAGCCACAACCACAGCUCCCAGCACGACACAGGAAGAUGAGAAGAAACCCACUGAGGAAGAGAAGCCCUCAGAGGAAGAGCCACAAACCACCGAAGAGUCACCAAUUCUUGGUGCUAAAGCGCCAGUUGCUGAUGUCGAGACAGGCACUCCAGCCACCACAGCCACAUCCGAGGAAGAAUCCACAGAAUCCUCCACCGAAGUGCACGCACCAGAGUCCACUUCCUCCACGCAGACACCAAAGACCGAAAAGACGCCCGAGCCAUCGACCAGCGCAUCCGUCGAGGAGGACAUUGAAGAUUUGGAUAAGUUCACAACAGUUGCGCCAGCGCAGGCUCCAAUCGAUGAGAAGGAGCCAGCGACCUCUGCCGAAGAUAGUUCGGAUGAUGAGGAUGAGCUGCCAGCCACGACUGAGCCUUCGGCUAUUGAAGGAGGUGCACCAGCAUUGCCCACCAGAGCGCCAGCCGCCAAGCCAGAGACGCAGCCCGAAGAUGCGGAAACGAGUACUGAGGCGGAGCCAGAAAAGGAGCCCGCAAAGGAUGAAGUGGCAACCACUGAGCCUAGUUCAGAGGGUGAAAAGGACACCUCUGAUGAGUCACCGACUGCGACUGGAAUCGAAAGCGAUGCCACGACCACGACCACUCCUGCUCCAGCUGCUGAGUCUUCUUCCGAUGAAGACAAGACACCAGAAAGCACAGAAAAGACGCUGCUGGGAGGUGAGCGAGAGGAAGAGAUUGCCACCGGAGCCCCACCGGCUGAAGAGACUGCCACAGGUGCCCCGUUGGCUGGAGAGUCUUCCACCAGUGCCCCAUCUGUUGGAGAGACUCCCACUUCUGUCCCAUCGCUUGGAGACACUUCCGACGAAGAGCCGACCGCCACCACUGACAUUCCCUCGAAGGCUGAAGACGAACAGCAAUCAUCUUCCACAUCUGCUGAGAUCGAGCCUGAAUCUGAUCGUACCACAACUCCUGCUCCUGCCACUCCUGCUGCUUCUCCUGCCGACAAGGAAGUGUCCGCUGAGCAAUCGACGACAACUCCCGCCUCUGAUGAGCGCAAGGAAUCGCCUGACACCGAAGAUGAAGUCGAAGCCACAACAGCUGCUCCCUCUGAUGAAAAGACGCCCUCACUUGGCGUUACGCCCGAGCCAGAGCAGGAUGAGACUGCAGCUGCAACUGCUGCUCCUGUUGCUGAUGAAGAACGCACUGAGAAGCCCGAGGCAGAAAAGGAACCACUUCCCGCUGGAGAAGAUGUAGAGAAGGAGUCUGACAUUGAAGGAUCUACUGCCAGUCCCUCAGCAGCCUCAACGCCAGCGACUGACGAGGAAAUCGAAGAUGUAUCCACCGACAAAACGCCAGCCCAAGAGGCAGAGCAGAAGCCCGAAGUACCCACAACCUCCUCCACAGAGGAAGAGGAGGAAGCAUCUGCAACCACAGCAGCACCUUCUGAUGCACCAAAACUUGGCGAUGUUCUGCCAUCAUCCACUGAGGCAUCCACAGAUCAGGAGCGCGAAUCGACUGCUGCUCCCAGCGUGGACGAGAAGGAGGAACCGGCAGUCACCUCAGCGCCAGCUGCUGAUAUCGAUUCAGAUAUCACCACCAUUGGCCCCGUCUCCGAGGAAGAGGAGAAGCCAAGCGAGGAGGAAGAGAAACCAACUGAAGGCGAGACUCCAACAGGGGAGGACCAAUCCACUGAGCAGCCAACGAAGCUGGCAACUCCAGCAGAUAAGAUUGAAGACCUGCCCGAAGAUAAAAUCUCUGCCACAACUGCCGCUCCUGCCGAGGGAUCCACCGAAUCCAGCGAUGAAAUUGUUCCAUCAACCGAAACCCUGUCCGAGGAGCAGCCCGAAGACAAGCUGCCUUCAUCGACUGCACAGGCACCAGUGGAGAAGAUACCCGAGGCGUCCACUGAAGUGCCAACUGAAGAUGCUGACUCCACUGUCACCACCGUUGCUCCUGCCUCAGUGCCAUCCGAUGAGCAGAAACCUGCGACAUCCGCAGAGGAUGAGGAGAGCACCGAGACAGCCAUUGGUGUCACUGAAGCUACCGUCGAUACAAAGAAAUUGCUGCCAACCACUAAGCCCACAACUGCAGCGCCAGCCACCGAAGAGGAGGAGGAAUCUGUCACAGAUGCCCAGAAACCAGAGACGGAGGAGCCAGAGGCUGAUGCCUCCACUGAAGUGCCACAGCUGGGAGAUGAAGAUAUUCCAACAGCCACAUCUGCGCCAGCAGCUGAGGAGGAAGAGGACAAGUCUGAGGCCACCACAGUUGCGCCCGUCAAGGAGCAAGAUGAGGAGCUCACGCCAAGCGCCGCCACACCUGCCACACCUGCCACAGACGCCAAGGAUACAACCGAAAAGGAAGAGCCCUCAUCUGUUGAUUCCAGCACAGGUGCACCUACCAAGGAGCAAGAUGAAGAGCUCUCAGCCAGUUCCACACCUGCCACAGACAUCAAGGAGCCAACCGAGGACUCCACAACUGUUGCACCCACGAAGGACGUCGAUGAAGAGGCCACAUCCAGUGCCACUCCUGCCACAUCCGAAAAGGAUGAAGAGGAAGUUGAAUCGAGCACGAAGAUUCCUCCCACCGAUGCAUCCGACGAGCGGCCAAUCGAUGAGGCAGCUGCCCCGACAUCCCCACCCACUGUGGAUGAAUCUGAGCAACCAACGAGCCCAGCAGCCACUUCCGUCAGCACACCAGCUGCCGAGGCUGAGGAUGAGCUCGAUGUCACCACCGCUGGCAGUCCAGCAGUGUCCGACGCCAAGGAUGAUACUACAGCCACCACUGUGCCACCACUUGCCGACGAGCAGGAGGCAACUGGCACGCCACAGGACGAUGCCAAGACACCAAUUGAAAGCUCCACGGCAGCGCCCACUUCCGAGGCGGAAGAGGACCAAACGGAGGCAACACUUGAGGCCUCUAGUGCUGCUCCAGCUGAAACUGAUUCCUCAACUGCCGCUCCGUCCGUGCCUGAAACUGCUGCCUCAACUGCUGCUCCUAGCCUGCCUGAAGCUGAUUCUACUGCUGCUCCUGUCGAUGUGCCUUCUGCUGAGGAAAUCGACACGAAGCCCAUGGACGAUGUCAUGUCCCAGACUGCCGCUCCAACUGCCGAGGAUGACAAGACGCCAACGACAGUCGCCCCCAGCAGUCCUGCCUCCGAAGAUGUGGGAGAAGAGAGCACAGAGCCAGCUACCAGCGCUGCUGAUGCUGAUGCAGAGGAUACCACCGAUCAGUCGCCAGCUGGUGCCAAACUGAAGCCACCAACUGCCGCGCCAGCAACCCCAGCUGAAGCCGCUUCAUCUACAGAGGCAACCUCAUCUGAGGCCGCCGUCACGGAGGCUGACAUUGUGCCGGAAACAGCAGCGCCCGAGCUGGAGAAGGAAGUCACCGAGAAGACCUCCACCGCAGCUCCCGCUGUCAAGCCAAGCUUGGACUCCACCGAAGAAGGCGAGGAAUCCGUGGAAUCCGAGGAGGAUCAGACACCAGUCACACAGGCAAGCGAGAAGGAGGAGGACGAAGACAAGGAGUCCGAGGAGACAGACAAGAAGUCCGACACCGAAGAGCCAGAAGCUGAGGUGCCCGCAGUGGUCUCAGAGCUGCCACAGAGCACGACCACGCCUGCAGCCCAGGAUGAGACAUCGUCGGAGACCUCAAGCGAGGAAGUGGCCACAGAGCAGGCAGAUCUUGCCACAAUUAUUACCACAAUGCAUCCACUCUUUGCGCAUCUGCCAAGCUCCACCAAGAGUCCAGCCAGCGAUGGACGUGUGGGCGAGGAAGAUGCCACCGAGGCGACUACCACAGCCAAGCAGAGCACUGAGGCACCAACCACUAGCACGAGCACCACAACCUCCUCCACAACGACAGCAGCGAGUGCCAUUACACAUCCACCUUAUGGACAUGCGCCCGAGUACGAGGACGAGUACGAUGAUGAGGAUGUCUUUGGUCCUGGCACCUGUCGCUAUGCAGGCAAACUUUACGUUUCCGCACAGCAAAUACCACGUGACGAUCCCUGCGACUUCUGCUUCUGCUUCAGGAGCGACAUCAUCUGCCUGCAGCAGUCUUGCCCGCCACCAAUUGCCGGCUGCCACGAGGAGCCCAUCUCUGGCUUCUGCUGCCCGCGCUACGAGUGUCCCGUCUCCAUGGCCGCUGUGCUCAACAUAACGACGAGCACAACCACAUCCACGACCACUCUGCCACCGCUAUUAACAGGCCUAAGCAGCAGUACCAAUGUGAGCAAUGAGGGUUGCCUCAUGGACAAUCGUACAUACCAGGUUGGCCAGGUUAUCGAGUCGAAAACGGGCCCAUGCAUGCGCUGCACCUGCGGCGGCGAUGGCCAGAUGAAAUGCGAUCCACAGCAAUGCAUUCCCGGUCCAACUAUGCAACAAAUAAUGGCCACCACUGCGGCGGGCCGCAAGAGAUGAACCACCAACAGCCAUGCUCACUAAAUAUAAUUUUAACUAAUGUUUAAGCACUGCAGACAAACAAUCACACAACAAAAACAGACGAACCAAUCCCAGAACACAAUUAACAGAGAAACAGAAGCCCAGCACCCAGUAUCAGAAUCAGAACCUUAUCAAAACGUAUGUACUAUAUGUGUACGUAUACCUAGGUGCCAAAACUAAUGAGGGACACUGUACCGCAAGGCUCGGCACGCAUGCACUCACAACGGAACAUUGCAAAGCAUUGAUAUUGGUGCGAAUAACUGUAAUGAACGUGUACGUGAGUGGCAGCGCCGCGGCAGAGCGGCCAUGCCGAGCCCUGCUGUAUCGAUUUGCAAUAGGAAUCAAUUAUAAUUUUGCACUCUUUUUUUCAAUUUGAUUUAAAUUAUGGCAAUUUGCUUUCGGAUUAGGUUAUUUGGUGACGAAGCAAACAGUGAUAUUGUACUGUAUACAUAGUAUAGGUGCAAUUAAUUUAGAGACGCGCUCACUUAAAAUGAAUUACUUAUGUAUUUUGUAUUUGUAUUUUGUAUAACACACACACACAACCCCAGCCAAGCAACCAACCAACCGUCGCGCGUGCCUUGUAAAGUCGUUCAUUGUGCCCGCCGCCAUAUACAAAUCGCUUUCAGGAGACUCUCAACACACAAAAAGCAAAAGCAACCCAAUACAGCCCCAAGCAAAUCAAAUAGAUUAACAGUAGAAAGCCCCCCACAAACACAAUCAAUGGCAUUACGAAGAGCCACGGCAAACAACCAAGCAAAGCGUUUCAUUUUGUUUGUUUUUAUUUAAAAAAAAAUAGCAAUAUUUGUAUUUCUCUUCAAUGCGCUUUUAUAGUAUUUUAGUCACUUUAUUAUUAUUUUUUUUUUGUGUAUAAUUGUUGCUUCUAGUCUUCUUUUGUUGCAAGAACAACGAAAUCCGCCUGUAACACGCGCACAAUGAGAUCAAUAUCAAUCCCAGGAUCAAAUCAGAUCAGUUGAAUUGAAUUGAAUUGAGUUGAGAGAAAUUGUAUCUUCUAUGAACUAUUCCAAGCUUUUAUACUUUUAUAUAUACAAUACGUGUAAAAUGGAAGAAACGAACGAACUAGUUUUUAUAGCAAUUUUUACAAGAAACGAACCACGAAUUGCAUAGUUUUUAAACGUAUUGAAAUGAAUUUUGUACUUUGCUGCAAUGCAUUUGCAAUACCCCCCAAAACGCACAUGCAAAUGCAUUUGUGGCGACAGUCACAAUGUUAGUCUACAUCAUAGAAUUUUUUAGAUCAACUGAAGACGGAAACUAAAAAUAUGGAAACGAACAAACUGUCGGCAAUCGCUAUUGCUCGACUGACUGAAAAUCAAA